GUGGAGGCGGCGGAGCGAAAAAACAGUAGGUCGUCUUCUACCUCCGGCCACGGAGGAGGCGCGUCGCGGCCAGCGCGGCAAGACCUGCUCCCUCCAUUAUUUAUAUCGUAUCCCCACCUCCUCCCUCCUCCUGCUUUCCCAUUCUAGCCGAGCACCGCAAUUGCAGGGUUCCGGAGGCGAAUAAAAAAGUUGCCUCCCCCGCAAAAGUAAAAAAACGAAACAACCAUCCACCAGACCAGCGCAUCGCGGCACCGAGCGGGCGAGAGAGGGGAGCGAGCGGAGGGAGGGAGGGAGGGAGAGAGGGUGGAGGAGCAAAAGUUCGAUAAAAGGAGAGGAGGAGACGAAGCGUCCAAGCCCAAGUAACUUCCCCCAACCUCCGCCUCGACCCGCGACCUCCACCUCCUCCUACUCCCAUGCCUGCAUCGAGAUCUUAGCUGCGCCGGAGAUCGAGAGGGAGGAGCGGCGAGCGCGGCGCCCCCCGAUCCCUCCUCCUCGCCGCCGCCGGAGCCGACGACGACCACCGCCGAUCGGGGGAGGAGGGGAGGGGAGGACGCGAUGGAGGCGGACUCCGGGAAGCUCUUCGUCGGCGGCAUCUCGUGGGAGACGGACGAGGACCGCCUCCGCGAGUACUUCGGCCGGUUCGGGGAGGUCACCGAAGCCGUCAUCAUGCGGGACCGCAACACCGGCCGCGCCCGUGGGUUCGGGUUUGUGGUCUUCUCCGACCCAGGCGUCGCCGAGCGAGUCACCAUGGAUAAGCACAUGAUCGACGGGCGCAUGGUGGAAGCGAAGAAAGCUGUUCCCAGGGACGACCAAAGCAUCACCAGCAAGAACAACGGCAGCAGCAUAGGGUCACCUGGACCAGGCCGUACUAGAAAGAUCUUUGUUGGAGGCUUGGCCUCUAAUGUUACUGAGGUUGAAUUCAGAAGGUACUUCGAGCAAUUCGGUGUGAUAACAGAUGUGGUUGUCAUGUACGACCACAACACGCAGAGGCCUAGGGGCUUCGGUUUCAUCACCUAUGAUUCAGAAGAUGCAGUGGACAAGGCACUACACAAGAACUUCCAUGAGCUGAAUGGUAAGAUGGUUGAGGUCAAGAGAGCUGUUCCCAAGGAGCAAUCACCUGGACCUGCUGCACGUUCACCUGCAGGAGGGCAGAACUAUUCUAUGAGCAGGGUCCAUAACUUCUUGAAUGGUUUCAACCAGGGAUAUAACCCAAACCCUCUUGGAGGUUAUGGCAUGAGGGUUGAUGGAAGGUAUGGCCUGCUUACAGGCGCACGAAAUGGAUUCUCUUCAUUUGGCCCUGGUUAUGGAAUGGGCAUGAAUUCUGAAUCUGGAAUGAACGCGAAUUUUGGCGCUAACUCUAGUUUUGCCAAUAACUCCAAUGGACGGCAGAUAGGUUCAUUCUACAAUGGUAGUUCAAACAGAUUAGGUAGUCCUAUUGGUUAUGUUGGUCUUAAUGAUGAUUCAGGAUCACUACUGAGUUCAAUGGCAAGGAAUGUUUGGGGUAAUGGAAAUCUGAACUACCCGAGCAACCCCACAAACAUGAGUUCUUUUGCACCAUCUGGAACUGGAGGUCAAAUGGGUGUUACCGGUGACGGUAUUAAUUGGGGAGGUCCUACUGGCCAUGGAAUGGGCAACAUUUCAAGCCUUGGGCUGGCUAACCUUGGCCGUGGAGCUGGAGACAGCUUUGGCUUGCCUUCUGGCAGCUAUGGAAGGAGCAACACAACUGGUACCAUUGGUGAACCCUUUUCUGCACCACCCAAUGCAUAUGAAGUGAACAAUGCAGAUACAUAUGGAAGCAGCUCCAUUUAUGGAGACUCAACUUGGAGGUUCACAUCAUCUGAGAUUGAUAUGCCUCCUUUUGGUAAUGACCUUGGAAAUGUUGAGCCAGAUAUCAAAACCAACAUACCAGGAAGUUACAUGGGCAACUAUACUGUUAAUAAUAAUCAGACAAGCAGAGGUAUCACUUCCUAGCGAGAGUACUAUUAUAUUCAUAUAUGACUUGGGAUAGAUGAAAGAAGCAUUAUAUCAGGUAUUCAGGUGCAUGACUAUGAAUUGGUGAUAUCAGGUUAAUAUACGGGUUAGUUAAUUGUUUCUAGCUAACCAGAGGUGUGGUUUAUGGACACCACCAUGCUAGAGGAGCGAAUACAAACGUUUUGUGAAGGUUUCAGAUUUUAGUUUAAUUCCUACAUGUAUUAGGUCUUGGUUUUUGAAUGAGAUGUGCAGUGGUGAUUGCGGCACAUACUUAGAGUGUUCCAACAUAAGCUGGAAUCCUGUCAUAUGGACAAACUUGUAUACCAAAGGAAUGCUUUAUUAUCUUGCCCAUUUAUGGCUACAUUA